CGACGGGCGGCGGCGGUUGCCAGGGCGACGGGUCCUCCAGGAGCUACUGGUACUUGCGAUCGGCGUUUAGAGCGAGUGUCCUGGGGCCGGGCCUUGGCGGCGGUGGUCGUCCAUUGGGGUCCCAGGAUGUUCUUUUACCUGAACAAGAAAAUCGCCAUUCCCAAUAACGUGAAGUUGAAAUGUAUAUCUUGGAACAAGGACCAAGGGUUCAUAGCAUGUGGCGGUGAAGAUGGAUUACUGAAAGUUUUGAAAUUAGAGACACAGACAGGUGAUGCAAAGUUGAGGGGUCUUGCAGCUCCCAGUAACCUUUCUAUGAAUCAGACUCUUGAAGGUCAUAGUGGUUCUGUUCAAGUGGUGACAUGGAAUGAACAAUACCAGAAGUUGACUACCAGUGAUCAGAAUGGGCUGAUCAUUGUCUGGAUGUUAUAUAAAGGCUCUUGGUAUGAGGAGAUGAUCAACAAUAGAAAUAAAUCCGUGGUCCGCAGCAUGAGCUGGAAUGCGGAUGGGCAGAAGAUCUGCAUCGUGUAUGAAGAUGGGGCAGUGAUUGUUGGCUCGGUGGAUGGGAAUCGUAUUUGGGGAAAAGACCUGAAGGGUAUACAGUUAUGCCAUGUAGCUUGGUCUGCAGACAGUAAGAUCUUACUUUUUGGAAUGGCAAAUGGAGAAAUCCACAUUUAUGAUAAUCAAGGGAAUUUUAUAAUGAAGAUGAAACUGAACUGUUUGGUGAAUGUGACCGGAGCUAUCAGUAUUGCUGGGAUUCACUGGUAUCACGGCACUGAAGGCUACGUGGAGCCGGACUGCCCCUGCCUGGCUAUCUGCUUUGACAAUGGGAGGUGUCAAAUCAUGAGACAUGAGAAUGACCAAAACCCUGUCCUGGUGGACACAGGCAUGUAUGUUGUGAGCAUCCAGUGGAACCACAUUGGCAGCGUGUUGGCUGUGGCAGGUUCCCAGAAGGCAGCUGCUCAGGAUAAAGAUGUAAACACUGUGCAGUUUUAUACUCCAUUUGGUGAGCAUCUGGGGACUCUGAAGGUUCCUGGAAAGCACAUGUCUGCACUGUCUUGGGAAGGAGGUGGACUGAAAAUUGCACUGGCCGUUGAUUCUUUUAUAUAUUUUGCAAAUAUUCGACCUGAUUACAAGUGGGGUUAUUGCUCAAACACUGUAGUUUACGCUUACACCAGACCUGAUCGUCCAGAGUACUGUGUUAUCUUUUGGGAUACAAAAAACAAUGAGAAAUACGUUAAAUAUGUGAAGAGUCUCAUUUCUAUUACUACCUGUGGAGAUUUCUGCAUAUUGGCAACAAAAGCUGAUGAAAAUCAUCCUCAGUUCGUGCUAGUUCUUUGUAAUUCUAUUGGCACACCCUUGGACCCCAAAUACAUUGAUAUUGUGCCAUUAUUUGUUGCUAUGACCAAAACCCAUGUGAUAGCAGCUUCGAAAGAAGCAUUUUAUACCUGGCAAUACCGUGUGGCAAAGAAGCUCACAGCAUUGGAAAUUAAUCAGAUCACUCGGUCUCGAAAAGAAGGGCGAGAAAGAAUUUAUCAUGUUGAUGAUUUUCCUUCUGGAUCAGCAGAUGGAGUACUUGAUUAUAGUAAAACCAUUCAAGGCACAAGGGAUCCAAUUUGUGCCAUAACUGCAUCUGAUAAGACACUGAUUGUGGGUCGUGAAUCUGGCACCAUUCAGAGAUACAGUCUUCCUAAUGUUGGUUUGAUUCAAAAAUACUCUCUUAAUUAUCGAUCCUACCAGUUAUCGUUGAAUUGCAGCUCCAGUCGUCUUGCUAUCAUAGACAUCUCAGGAGUUCUCAUUUUUUUUGACUUGGAUGCUCGGGUAACAGACAGCACAGGACAGCAAGUCACUGGGGAGUUGCUAAAGCUGGAGCGAAAAGAUGUCUGGGAUAUGAAGUGGGCUAGAGAUAAUCCUGAUUUAUUUGCAAUGAUGGAGAAGACAAGAAUGUAUGUUUUCAGAAACCUGGAUCCAGAGGAACCCAUUCAGACUUCUGGAUAUAUUUGUAACUUUGAGGAUUUAGAAAUCAAGUCUGUACUUUUGGAUGAGAUAUUAAAGAAUCCAGAACAUCCAAACAAGGAUUAUAUAAUUAACUUUGAGAUUCGGUCCCUCCGAGAUAGCCGAGCUUUGAUUGAGAAGGUUGGAAUUGAAGAUGCAUCUCAAUUUAUAGAGGACAAUCCACACCCCCGACUUUGGCGCCUGCUGGCUGAAGCUGCUCUUCAGAAACUGGAUUUGCACACUGCAGAGCAAGCGUUUGUCCGCUGCAAAGACUACCAAGGCAUUAAGUUUGUGAAGCGCUUGGGCAACCUACAGAGUGAGUCCAUGAAGCAGGCUGAAGUAGCUGCCUACUUUGGCAGGUUCGAGGAAGCUGAAAGAAUGUAUCUUGAUAUGGACAGAAGAGAUCUUGCUAUUGGCCUCCGGUUGAAAUUGGGAGAUUGGUUUAGAGUUCUCCAACUCCUGAAAACUGGAUCUGGCGAUGCGGAUGACAGUCUUCUGGAACAAGCCCACAACGCCAUCGGGGACUACUUUGCUGAUCGACAGAAAUGGUUAAAUGCUGUACAGUAUUAUGUACAAGGCCGGAACCAGGAACGCUUAGCUGAAUGUUAUUACAUGUUAGAAGAUUAUGAGGGACUGGAGAGUCUUGCUAAUUCUCUCCCAGAAAACCACAAGUUGCUUCCAGAAAUAGCACAAAUGUUUGUGAGAGUUGGAAUGUGUGAACAAGCCGUAGCUGCAUUUUUGAAAUGUAGUCAACCAAAGGCAGCAGUAGAUACCUGUGUGCAUCUCAACCAAUGGAACAAGGCUGUUGAAUUGGCUAAAAAUCAUAGUAUGAAAGAAAUUGGAUCCCUGUUAGCUAGGUAUGCAUCUCAUUUAUUGGAAAAGAAUAAAACCCUUGAUGCCAUAGAACUCUAUCGGAAAGCCAAUUACUUUUAUGAUGCUGCUAAACUGAUGUUUAAGAUUGCAGAUGAAGAGGCAAAGAAGAGAACUAAACCUUUACGUGUUAAGAAGCUCUAUGUACUGUCAGCUCUACUUAUAGAGCAGUACCACGAACAAAUGAAAAAUGCCCAGAGAGGGAAGGUUAAAGGAAAGAGCUCCGAGGCUACUUCUGCCUUGGCUGGUUUGUUGGAAGAGGAAGUUCUGUCUACAACUAGUCGUUUCACAGAUAAUGCCUGGAGGGGUGCCGAGGCUUACCACUUCUUUAUACUGGCACAGAGGCAGCUCUAUGAGGGGUAUGUGGACACUGCAUUGAAGACAGCUCUUCACCUCCGAGACUAUGAAGACAUCAUCCCCGCUGUUGACAUCUACUCUCUGCUGGCGCUCUGCGCGUGUGCCAGCAGAGCUUUCGGUACUUGUUCAAAGGCUUUUAUCAAACUGGAAUCUUUAGAGACCCUCAGUUCAGAACAGAAACAGCAAUAUGAAGACCUUGCCCUGGAAAUCUUCACCAAACAUACUCCAAAAGAUAAUAGAAAAUCCGAACUGGACAGCCUUCUUGAAGGAGGAGAAGGGAAACUGCCCACAUGUGUUGCCACCGGAAGCCCAAUCACGGAGUAUCAGUUCUGGAUGUGCGGUGUCUGCAAGCACUGCGUGCUGGCGCAGGAAAUCAGUAACUACAACUUCUGUCCCUUGUGCCACAGCCCAGUGGGGUAGAGGAAUGGCAGAUGCACACCACUGUGAAUUGUUUGUAGCAUAUAUGUGUGUGUCUGUUUCUAUAUUACAGUCGACUUCUAUAUGUCUACAUGAAAAUCAGCAAUAUUUCAGUUAUGUUUUUAUACAUAAUUAUACAUAUGCAUAUCUAUUUACACAUAUAAUUAUAUAUAGAAAUACAGUUAAGAAAUAAUGGUAUUGAUUUUCAUACAUAAAUGAAUGGAAUUCCACCCUAUUUUUGUAUCUAUCUACCCAUCUACCUACCUACCUAGUUAUCUAACUUGUGGUUUGUUAAAUGAUACUAUGGAAAUGUUCCAAAUAAGAACUUUUUCUCCAUGUCAAGGUUAAUAAUUAGAAAAAAAAAAAGGAAACCUUGGUAGGAGGAAAGGGGAAGCAGGACAGUGGGACCAGGUUGAGUGUGGAGCACUGGCACACCUGUGUGAGGAGGCGUUUAAACAAUGCUGAAAUGAGCUCUAUCUCAUUUAUUAUAAAUUUAAUUAAAUAUGCAUUGAAUGUCUUCUGUAUUUUAUUUUUAGGAGUAAGGAAAAGGUAUCUUAAGACCUUUUAUAAUUUGAAUGGUUUCUAAUAGCCAUUUUUUAAAAAUAUAGCUUUUCCUUUUUCACUUACUCUUUUAGUCUUAUCUAAGAGAUAGCAUUUGAGUUAUUCUUCAUACUACUGUGCAAAACCCCAAAUCUACUUACAUACAGAACAUAAAUAUAAAUUCAUACAGAACAUGCAUUUUGCAGUAAUAGUUCCAGUUGAAACACUGUCAUGAAGUUGGACCCUUUAAUUAGCUCUUGGGUCGUGGUGAGUGAUUCUUUCUUGAUGCACAUCUGUAUCACUAAUUAUCAUUAAUUUAAAAAGACUUAUCAUUCAUUAAAAAAUUUUUAUCCAUCAUGGGUAAUUUAUUACCUGUUUUAUAUUGUUAAUGAUGUUCUCCAUUUAGCAUGACUCUUUGUCUUUUAAUUUUGUGGCUAUGGACAAAACUCUAGCAUGAAUUCAUCAAAAUAAUUAGCUGAAGUUUGACUUAAGUUUCCUAGAGACAAUGAAUAAAGAGAACUGUGUAUCAUUGUUAUUGGAAUUAGAUGCUUAGGUUAGUUAGUUCAGUCUCUUACUUUGGUGUGUUUUUGUUCCUUUAGAGACAAGUUAAGCAUGUUAAAGAUUGAGAAGAGUGAACUCUGACAAGAGGUUAGAGCUGAGAUGAUCUUAGGAAAGAUAGUGGGCUCAUGUGCCUAAAUAAAAGGCCAGAAGUUGUAGAAAUCUCUGUGUUCCUGUGCCUUGUGGGAAGUUACUGUGAUACCGUGGAGCCUCCAAAUACAUUCCAGGCAAGCCCUUCCUUUCAGAGGUCUGGGGACAGAAAGAAUUAUAGACUGCAUGAAAAUCUCAAAUCAAUGUGAAGUACAGAGUAAGGAGCAAGGAGACAGCGAUGAGGUGGGUGGACACUGUCAGGUGGUGUGCCAGUGGGCCACAGCGGUCCCAGUUCCUGAGCCCUGAGUUAUGUACUGAUGUCAUGUCCUGCCUGUCACCUGCCUCAUCAGCUUCCCUGAUAGUGGGGCUAUUAAGAGGACCAGAGCUGAAAUUUGAGGCAGGGGACCCAGUCAGAUGGAAUGCACCGAGACCAGGGAUGCCCACUUGCUCUGUGGAAGAGGCCUGAGGCAAGCAUACCCACUGAGGGCUAGAGGGUCCACUUAGCCCAAGGAGCAGUUGUGGGCUUGAUUGUAUUUCUCGGGUGGAAGAAUUUUUGUCACCAAUGGUAAAUUGAAUACAGACCUUACACAUAUUGACUGCUUUAUAGAGCUCAUCCUUAGUGUUCAUGAAUAUUUAGUGACUGUUAUAUUUUUUGUGCCUCAUCAGUUUCAGGUAUGGUCACAUAUAGACACCCUGUUUAUUUUGCCUAACGCGUCUUGUCAGUUAACUUACUGAAGUUUAACAAUGAAUUUUAUCUAAUUUGUUCUCUCUAAUUUGUUCUGAACACAGAGAAUACAUCCUAAGGAAUACAUCUCCUGUUGAAUUUAACUACAUCUUUCUAUAAGACUUUUUCUUUGUAAGAAUGAAACUAUUUUCUGCUUCAUCAGCAAAAGAGAACUGUUAGGGAGGUGGGUUGUCUGCAGGGCGUAUGUUCAGAGUUGUGCUUCCCCGUCCUGACCUGCUGCCUGAAUCUCUCUCCUCUGCUUUUUCCUUUCCCAUCCUGGGAACUAGCUGAGAACUCAAAUUGUCAUCUGUCUAACCCUUACUAUGAGUUGUUAAUUUACUUUUUAACAACUCCCAUUUACUUCCAUUCCAAAAUCAGUUUUUGUCUCCUCCAGCCUUCUAACGCAUCUUUUGGGAAUUCUCCUUUGGCAUUUUCUCAUUUGCCAUUUCAUGCUGCAUGAGCCCUAGAUUUUUCCUCCAGUGACUAUUUCAGAUAUAUCUUGGGUUGCCUUCUCUGCUUGUUUUGGUUAAAACAAAAACCAAAAUCUCUGAAAACAACCUCUCAUACCUGUAGACCUAAUUAUCACAUAUAUGUGUGUAUAUACACAUACACUCAUGAAUAUACACAUACACAGAUGUAUACAGAUGCAUCUUUUCUGCUAUUGUAAAAUCUUAUGGCUGGGAUUUACAUCUGAAAAAGUUUUAGUGAUCUGUCCUAAAGUUUUAGUGAUCUGACCUUUGUUUUGCUAGAAAAUCGACUAGAGAAAGGUCUACAGUAUUAGUUGAUCUAGCUGAUUUUCUUCAUAAAGAGGCAAAUUUCAGGAUAACACCACCAACAAAUUCUUCUCCUGCAGAAAGGGGCAAAGGAGAAACACACAUGGCAAUAUAUAACAAGUAGUUGUGAGAAAUUGGAUAGAAUGAGGCAGUAUGUUGGGGACAGUAUAAUUAAUGAAACACUUCUUAUAAUAAACAUGAACUGGCUCCCUUUAAAUAAUACUGAGUGACCUUUUAUCAUAAAACUUGGCCUGAAUUAAGUUACGUUUCAAAGUAGUGUGGUGGACAGAAGUAUUGAGAAGCUGGGACUGGCAGAUAGGCUCUAUCGAUGGCAAUGUGCCUGACAGACAACAUAUAUCGCCUCUUUAUGCACAAAUGCUAAUUUACAGUUAUUUUUUUUUGUUAAAAUACACCUUGAAAUUAUAUUUUUGUAUUCCAAAGGCCUAGAUCUUAGGUAUUUAUGUGGCAUUAAAUGAAAAAACAAAAAUAACCUGAAAAUAAUAAAUAUUGAAAUAAAAAUGACCGGUAUUUCUCCUGU